AUGUCCAACGUCCACAACAGUCACGUUGCCUACACAAUUCCCCUUGCAAUAGCCUUGUCCCUUAUCCUAGGGCCUUUAUUGUCGCGACGGGAUAUCUACAAGAUAUGCUUCCUGCAAUUUGUCGCUGUCACGUACACAAUUCCCUGGGAUUCCUACCUUAUCAGAACCAGGGUCUGGACAUACCCACAAGAUGUUAUUCUAGGACCGACACUGUUUGACAUCCCUGCUGAGGAAGUCUUCUUCUUUAGCAUUCAGACUUAUAUUACCACAUGUCUACAGAUCCUCCUCAACAAACCAAUUCUCACUGCAAUUCACUUGCAUAAUGAAUCGGACCUUCUCGACCCCGUUGGCAAGUCGCUAUGGCCAUGGAAGCGAGCAGGCCAACUCGUUUUCUCGCUGGGCUCGGUGAUUCCAGUCCUUCUGCGCGAAGGUGACACCAAAGGCCAAUACAUGCGACUCAUUUUGGUCUGGGCAUGCCCGGUAAUGUUGAUGCUCUGGACAUUUGCUUACCAACUCCUUCUUACAUUGCCAUGGACAACAACCUGGUUGCCUAUCACUGCUCCGACAUUAUAUCUGUGGGUCGUGGACACGUUGGCUCUUCGCAGGGGUACCUGGAGUAUUGAAUCGGGCACCAAGCUCGGGAUUCAAGUUUGGCCCCAUCUGGAACUCGAAGAAGCCGUCUUCUUCCUUCUGACAAACACCCUUAUCGUAUGGGGCGCAGUCGCCUUUGACAAUGCCGUGGCUAUUCUCGACUCUUUCCCCGUCCAUUUCACUACGGUCCCCGGGAUCCCGCCUCCGACCUUGAUGUUCAAAGCUUUACUUCUCCCUACAUCGGAUUAUGACACCGCCCGUCUCGAGGGUUUACGAAAUGCACUUACAGUCCUUGCUCAGAAAAGCCGAUCAUUCUAUCUGGCCUCAGGUGUCUUUGCAGGCCGUUUGAGGAUUGACUUGAUCCUUCUGUAUGCAUUUUGCAGAGUGGCUGAUGAUUUGAUCGAUGAUGCACCUUCGGCAGAGGAGGCAGACAAAUGGGUGCAGCAUUUCACCAAUUUCCUCAAUAUUGCGUAUUCGUCAAAGGGGAAUCGGAAGCGGGUGCAGCAGGCUCUCGAUCCAUUCCCGCCGAAAGCCCAGUCUAUCCUAGUACUCCUUCCGACGGAGAAGCUGCCUUCAGGGCCACUCUACUCACUUCUCGAUGGCUUCCGUAUUGAUCAAGAAUUUUUCAACACUGGAUCCAGGCAAAAUCCGCCGAUCAAGACUUUUGCCGACCUUGAGCGCUAUGCAAGCUGUGUUGCAGGAACCGUAGGUGAAUUGUGCUUGAAUCUCAUCUAUUACCAUGAUCCCGACCAAGGAACUCCCGCAGAGACAAAAGGAAAGUGUCUCACUGCCGGCGCGAAAAUGGGUCGAGCAUUGCAGUACGUCAACAUUGUCCGAGAUGUCAAGACAGACGCCGAUGUUGGCCGAUGCUACAUUCCUAGCGACUGGUUUGACAAAUCGACACAAUGUUCCGCCGAAUUUCGAACCGAGGAAAUUCCGCAUCAUCGGAAAAGGAUAUUAGACAUCGCAUUCACGAUCUAUGCCGAGAACAGAGACGCGAUUGACGCGCUGCCGUACUAUGCGCGGGGUGGCAUCCGAGUCGCCGUCGAGAGUUACAUGGAGAUCGGCCGGGUCCUGCGUGAACGGAUGCGCCAAGGCAGACCUCUAGAUUUCGCGGGCAGCGGCAAAAAGGGACGGUCCAGCGUACCCAAGCUCAGGAGGAUAUGGGUUGGAUGGAAGACAAUGAUGGGAAUGAGGGGCGCCGUGUGA